AUGCGGCAAAUAAUACGAUAUGCUCAACUAUCAAAAAUUAGAAGUGAUGAAUGUAUGCCCAUGGCUUUGGAUAUACCAGAUGAAAUACCACAUGUUCUGCCUGUGAACACAGAAGUUUCAGUGCUUUUGCGUAGCCCAUGGGUUGGCGUUUAUGAUGGAAUCGUUACUGCAUUUAAUAGCGAUACAUUUACAUAUGAAAUUCAAUUUUAUUGUAAUGAAAUAGGAACGCAAUUUAUAAAUGACAUUAAUAUAAUGUGGAAAAAAACUUAUGCAACAUUCUCUAUCGAUGAGCCCAAUUGGAAUGUCAAAACAGAAUUUGAUUGUAUUGAAAAAAAUAUUAACAUCAAUGAAAAUGAAACCACCACAACCGGGGAAGCAGUUCAACGUUCUCCUAUUCCAGAAAGAUUAGAAGAUGAUUGCAUUAACGGACAUCCAACUAAACUUAUCAAAGCUCUUAUGCUUUUAAAACGGACUGUAGCAAAUAAAAAAGAAAUUGUUGAUAAAGUACGCGAUCUAAAUGAUGAAGCUGAAAAUACCUUAUAUCCAAAAAUUGGUCAAAAGUCAGUCAAUGAUUCUCGCAAUUCACGUGGCACUCCACUCGAACUCAGUGUAGAAUUUAAGGAACGUUACACUUCACUUAUUGCAUCUUUAAAAAAAAUAAAUAACAACAUACAUGAAUAUACCAAUGAGUUAUUAACAUAUGCUCCAGAACUUAAUCCAGCAUCAGAUGAAAAAAUGUCACCGGACCCUAUGUGUAUAAGGGAAAGAUGUUGUAGUGUUGCCGAAGCUGCUAUACGUCAUAACAAUAAAGGCUUGGUUGAAAAUAAGAAUAUAGUUUCACUUAUCGAAAAGUUCUCCAUUGCUUUGUUAGCAGCUUCGGUUCCGUGCACUGAUGCCAAUACACAAGGAGUGAAAGAUAUUAUGGAUUAUUUUAUCGAAGAAACAAAGUCCCUAGUUACAGAAGACAACAUUAAAGACUUCGAACAACUAAUAAAAGUUCCUUUAAACAAUUUACGCCAGACAAAUAACCAGUAA